CUCUCUUUCUCUCUCUAAAACCCUCAAAACACAAAAAGCACAUUUUCAAUUUUCUCUCUCUAGAAAAAACAACACAAACCCUACACUCACACUCAAGCUUCUUCCGUCAACUCGCACAACAAAAGCGAUGGAAGCGAGGGUGAAUGCAAGGAAGAGGCAAGUUUUGGACGACGAUAUUGAUGUGGUGUAUAGGUUUAAAGUCCUGUUGCCAAAUGGGACAAGCAUAGGAUUAACGGUGCGGGACCCUGACCCUGAAAUGCCAUUUGAGGACUUCAUCGCUAUGGUGAAAGAUGAAUACUUUCAAGCUCGGAAGCAGCACGAAUCAAUGAGGUUAAAAAAGCAUAUAAAUUGGAAGGGUGGUCACUUCUAUCUUGAGGACGUGAAUGGUGACAAGACAAAAAAAAUGAUUAAGUUUGAGAGUUUUAAGCCUCACAAGUUUCACAUUUUACAGCUUCAUGAUGCCUCUGGUGAGACUGCUCAUACCUUUGAGAAUAUGUGGGACUUGACACCAGAUACUGAUCUGUUAAUGGAGCUAACAGAGGAAUACAAUUUUGAAACUGCUCUUGCUGAUUUGAUAGAUAAUUCCUUGCAAGCAGUAUGGUCCAACAGUAAAAAUGAUAGAAGACUGAUAAGUGUGAGUAUUGCUGCAGAUAAGAUUUCUAUUUUUGACACUGGCCCUGGAAUGGAUGGAAGUGAUGAAAACUCAAUAGUGAAGUGGGGUAAGAUGGGUGCCUCACUUCACAGAUCAUCUAAAGGACAGGCAAUAGGGGGCAAGCCUCCAUACUUAAGGCCUUUUUUUGGCAUGUUUGGAUAUGGAGGACCUAUUGCAUCUAUGCAUCUGGGGAGGCGUGCUUUAGUUUCUUCCAAGACAAAAAGUUCUAAAAAGGUCUACACAUUGCACCAUAAAAGAGAAGCUUUACUCAGCAGUUCUGGUACUGAACUUACCUGGAAGACUGAUGGUGGAAUGAGGAAUCCCUCCGAAGAAGAAAUUGGAGAAUCACAGCAUGGGAGCUUUACUAAAGUUGAGAUUUUUGAGCCAAAAAUAAAUAGCUUUGAAAUAUUUAAACUCCAAUGCAAGCUGAAAGACAUCUAUUUUCCAUACAUUCAGUGUGAUGAAGUGUUGAACUCAGGGAGGACUAUUACACCAAUAGAGUUUCAGGUUAAUGGUGUUAAUUUGGCUGAAAUUGAAGGUGGGGAGGUUGCAAUAACCAACUUGCAUUCCUGCAAUGGACCUGAGUUUAUUUUGCAGCUUCGUUUUUUUUAUAAGCAGGACAACGCUGCAACCAGAAGUCCAUGUUCAAAAAUAUAUCAAGAAGCCAAUGCACGCCUGAAGUGUGUCUAUUUUCCAGUCAUGGAGGGAAAAGAGAGUAUUGAGAUGAUUUUGGAGAAACUAGAAGCUGAAGGAUGCAGUAUCACAGAAAACUAUGACACCUUUAGUCGUGUCUCUAUUCGACGGCUGGGUCGUUUACUUCCAGAUGCUCGCUGGACAUGGCUUCCUUUUAUGGAAUUCAGACACAAAAAGGGAGAUAAAUCCCACUUACUGAAGAGAUGUUGCUUAAGGGUUAAAUGCUUUAUUGACACUGAUGCUGGUUUCAAUCCAACACCUUCUAAGACUGAUCUAGCUCACCAUAAUCCCUUUACUACUGCUCUAAAGAACUUUGGAAAUAAGCCGCCAGAAAAGGAAAAGGAGGUCAAAGAGGUCAAUGUUGAAAUUUAUAGAGACGGAAAACUGUUGACUCCUUUGCAAAUGGAGAGAGAGUAUCAAGAUUGGAUUCUUCAGAUGCAUGAGCAUUAUGAUGAAGAAACUGACUCUGGCGAGGAUCAAGCCGUUCUUGUUGUCAACCCUGCAAACAAAAAGGCACUUGGAAUUUCGUCAGAUGUCAUAAGGGUGCAUCAGGUUUUAAAGAGGAAGGGAAAAUCAUGGGAAUCUGGUCAGAAAAUCAAGGUUCUCAAGGGAGCAUGUGCUGGGUGCCAUAAAAACAAUGUCUAUGCAACACUAGAAUACUUCCUGAUUGAAGGAUGUAAAGGUGAUGUGGGUGGGGAAGCUCGAAUUAUAUGUAGGCCACUAGGACUGCCAGAAGAUAAUGCCUGCAUCCUUGUAGUCAAUGAUGGGAAUACCAGUUUUGAUAUUCGUGGCUCUUUAUCCCUACCCAUUGAUGUGAUUGAUUCUGGAAAGUGCCUUGCUAUUGAAAGUAUUGAGUGGAACUACCAGCUUGAUAAACUACACCAGAAAUCUCCUUCAACAAUUGGUUUGCUGAGUGAAAAACAAUGUCUAGAACUGGAGGUUGAUGGGGAAUUACCUGUUGAUGGUCCAGUUCAUGCAGGACAAGUUCCUCCAACAGAAAUUGUGGCGGUUGUACGGCCUGCCAAUUUUGUUUCUUCUUUUACUUCAAAAAACUUGGAUCAGAAGUAUAUUUUCAAGAGCAAUUUAGAGAUGUCUAUGGAAAUUAAAUUUUUAAAAGAAGCUGAGCAUCCUGACGAAGCUCACCAUAUUUAUUCAGGAUGUGUAACACCUUCAUCAUGUAAAGGAUUUCAUGGUUUAUAUAUCUGUCCUUUGGGUUGCAAGUUUCCGGAAUUAUUUCAAAAGGCUGGUCUUUAUACAUUUAAAUUCUCUCUUAAGGAUUUGACUUGUAAUAAUUGUAUCAAAAGAGUGCUAGUUAAGGCAUCUUCCGAGGUGGGCAAGUGGGAGCUUUUGGAUGGUGAGCGGAAUCCACAAUAUAACGUGAGGGUUGGUUCAUGUUUCCCACCUUUCUAUUUGGGAUGUUUUGACAUUUAUGACAAUCGAACUACAUUCACACAUACUCCCAAAGUGAGGAUCAAAAUUCAUACAAUCAAGGGUGUGCUUGUCCACGUUAAGAAAAUGAGUACUGAACUUUCACGUGAUAAAUUAACCCUAAAAGUGAAGGAUGUACUGAUUGAAAGCAAUGAGUUAGACAAUAUCAGGCCAAGUUAUAAAGCGACUUUGAUGAUAUGUCCAGAGAAGGAAUUGUUCUCAGUCUCAGUUCCAUGUCAAGUUAGUCCUGGAUCUUUACAGCUUGUCAAGGCCCAGCCACCAAUGUUAGAAAACAGACUGCUUCCAGGCUGCAUGGUUAAGCAGCUCCUAUUAGAGAUGUUUGAUGCAUAUGGUAAUCACGUGUCAAAAGGCUUGGAAGUUCAGUUGGAUGUGGACGGAUUUCAUAUGCUAGAUCAAACAGAUCAAAUAAGUCCCAAGCAUAAGGUUGAUGAUAAUGGAUGCAUUAACCUUGGUGGCCUCUUGAAAGUGAUAGCAGGAUUUGGAAGUAAAGCUUCACUUUCUGUUUUAUCUGGCCAUGAAGUUGUUUUCAAGCAGGAGCUUCAAAUUGAAAAAAGGGAGUUGAGGAUUGCAUCAAGGGUACCUGAGUUUUGUACUGCUGGUACUGAACUGGAAAAUAUCAUUUUUGAAAUUGUCAACUCUGAGGGUGAUGUUGAUGAGACUAUUCAUGAUGAAGAUAAGUAUGGGCAAUCUCACACUCUCACUAUAAAGUCAGAGUCAUUCAAUACUGAGGAAUCUAUUCGGUACACUUUUAAACAUGGGCGCUGCACUGUUCCUGCUAUUCCCCUCCCUCAAAAGAAUGGGAUGUUUUGCUUUGAAGCUUCUCAUUCUCGUCACCCAGAGCUAAAUUUGAGUGUUCAGGUUUCUGUGCAAGCUCCAAAAGUGGAGUAUGAUGAUAUUCAGUCUCCAUCUAUAGACGGAAAUGUCUUGCUCCUUCAGGACUCAUCUUCCCUAAAGCAAGUAGAAAAAGUCAUGGUGUCCAUGAUAAAUAAUGAGAAGAAACUUGAGGAUAAAAUAAUUCAAAUUGGUUAUCGCAUUAGGAAUCUGGAGAAGCAACUGAAUACACAUUCUAAAAGGAAGGAAGAAGUCGAGCAAGAUUUGUUUCAAUUGCAAGCAUCUGUCAACCCAAAGUACUUUCCCACAAAAGAGGAACUGAUAAAUUGGAUAGAAAGCAUGAAUCACUCUGCAGCGGCUGUCCUCUGCAGUCUUUCAAGAGAAUUCUCCUUCCAAGAGCAGCCAAAUCAUUUGUUGGAAGAUAUAAUUGGCCUGGUUGCACUUCUGGGUACAGUUUGCACCAACAAUCUUAGCAGGAUUUUAGCAGAGUACUUGGGUGAAGAUCAGAUGCUUGCUGUUGUCUGUAGAUCCUUUGUGACUGCAAGUGCUCUUGAGAAUUAUGAACAAAAUGGAGAAGUGGAUUGUGGGCAAGCCCUUCAUGCAGCAGCAGCUGCACGUGGAAAUUCUAUUAACGGUCGAUUUCUUGUUAUUUGCCUUGAAGAUCUAAGGCCUUAUUCUGGGAAGUAUGAAGGUAGUGACCCUCAGAGGAAGCUGGCCUUGCCGUAUCCUACCUUGCCUAGGGGGAAUGUGCCAAGAGGUUUCAUUGGGUAUGGAGUUAACAUGAUUGACUUAGACAUUGAUCAUUUACACACAAGAACUGCUGCAGGCCAUGGUCUUCGGGAGACAGUACUGUAUCGUCUUCUAGGAGAGGUUCAAGUAUAUGAAACCAGGGAAUGCAUGUUAGAAGCCCGUCAUUGUAUAAAGCAUGGUGCUGUAUCUCUGGAUGGUGGCAUUUUAAGAGAGAAUGGAGUUAUUUCUCUUGGAUAUGGGUCUCUCUCUCUCUCUCACUAUGAGAUCAUGGAUCCUCGUAUAUGUUUUCCAGUUGUCACACCAGACAGUGAGUCCUCGGCAGGAAAUGUGGAGGUCAUGAAAUUAAUUGAAGAAAAAAAGGAGGAGUUGGAAGUGAUCACCAGUUCUAUUGGGAAGAUGACUAAAUCCCAUGAAAAAUCUUUGAAGAAGUUCAAGAAGAAGAAAGAAAAGUACGACAAGUUCAUGGAUAAUAUGGAACCUGUGUUAAAAGACUACUAUUUGGAAUAUAAAUCCAAGAGCAAGUCAGAUAACUCACCUUGCAGAGAACGAGCCAACCUCGGCUACAAAAUGUUUCAACCCAAUAACCAGCUUCCAGUUCAAACUAUCAAAGAUUCAUCAGCAUUGAUGCAAGUUGAUCAGACUGAGAAAAGUAUAGUUGUAAGGGAUGAAAAGCAAAAUGGAGGAUUUGCACAUGCUGAGACUAUCAUAUACUAUUCUAAGAGACUUCAAGAUGAUCUGCAAAUGUUAGGGAUGAAAAUCAAAGGGCAUGAGGACAAUAUAAAAUUUCUGAAUGCUCAAAAUAACAAAUUAGAUGACCUCAUUCUUGAUUUGCAAGUUACCUUGGGCAAGCAUCAUGGUUCGAGCACUCCAAAGAUUGAAAUUGAGAACCAUUCCCAACUUCAGAGUGAGGACCAAACAACUGAACUGAUUCUACAGCAUGAAAAAUCUGCUGCUGGUAUUUUGUGUCAAUUGAAAGCUCGACAUGGUCCUCAGGCUUCCCAUCUUCAAUUGACCAAGGAUGUGCUGGGUAUUGUUGCUACACUUGGUAAAGUGGACGAUGAUAAUCUUAGCAGGCUUUUUUCAGAGUACUUAGGGUUGGAGACUAUGCUGGCCAUUGUCUCUAAGACUUAUGAAGGUGUUAAAGCCCUAGAAACAUAUGACAAGCAAGGCUGCAUAAAUAAAAGUUCUGGUCUUCAUGCACUUGGUGCUACUAUUGGAAGGAAUAUGGAUGGCAGAUUUCUCGUCAUUUGUCUUGAAAAUAUAAUACCAUAUGCAGGUGAGUUUGUAGCAGAUGACCCUCAAAGGAGGCUUGAUCUUGUAAAGCCAAAAUUACCUAAUGGGGAGUGUCCUCCUGGCUUUCUUGGGUUUGCUGUGAAUAUGAUCAAUGUGGACAACGCAAACUUAUUUUGUGUCACAGCUAGUGGACAUGGCCUCAGGGAGACUCUAUUUUACAAUCUCUUCUCUCGUCUUCAAGUAUAUAGAACAAGGCAAGACAUGGUAAGUGCUCUUCCUUGUAUAAGUGAUGGAGCUGUUUCUUUGGAUGGAGGGAUGAUUAGGAGUACCAGUGUGUUUUCCCUAGGGGAUCGGGAAGAUGUAGAUGUGAAAUUCCCAAAACCCUUGGUGACUUCAACCGUACCUGAAAAACACAUUGAGGCUGAGAGGCAGGUCAAGGAGGUGAGAUGGAAAAAAGAAAAAAUGCAGGAUGAUAUUCAAAGAGAACAAGCAUUAUUGAAUCAUGCAAAGUUCAAUUUUGAUAGAAAGAAGCAAGAGUUUCUGAAGUUCCUUGCUGAAAGCUCAUCAUACGUAACUCAGGCAGCACCAGUGACCCCAAGAUGAUGUUUAUGUUAAACAAACCAAGCCUAAAAUUAGUACAGUUGGAGGGAAUGGAGGAGCCAUUACAGUCGGUGUUUGUCAGCAUGAGCUAUGGCUGAGAUCCAUGCUUCGUUUCCAGUUGUGGAUGCAAGAAAAAGGUGGUGUUGAGGGAAAGGCAUAGGUUUUGGGUCCAGUGACACGAUUUUUUCCCUUCAAAUACUGAAGCCGCAGAAGCGGCAUUAAAUUAGGAAUCCCUUGGUACUCAGUAUGCUCAUGAUUACACUGUAAUGCAAGAUUAGAUUAUUGAAGAUGCAACUUCAUUUCCUUCUCAUCUGUCUCUGGAUUAUUCAUGCAUUAUGUGUAUUGUGCAUAAUCUGGUUAAUUUGCAUAAUUAGAGGCUGUUAAUAUUG